CCACGGAUUGGAAGGAAGCCGCNCGAUAAGGCUACUCUAUCGCGACGUUUUUGCAAUUUAAGUAUUGGCGUUCAAGUCGCAACAGCGGUUGCGUUCUUCAUAUCUAUUCUAGUGCAAAUCAGCCAGAACAACGUCGACGAGGACGGCACGCAAAUUCGCGAGUUUACGAUCAAGAUGCAACUGCCGUUCGACUGCAAUCAGUCACCGCGGUAUGAAAUCGUUCAAUGCCUGAGUUUCAUACAUAUGAUGUCGACAGCAAGUUUGAACGGCAUGAUGAACUCGCUGGUCAUCACGUUCGUUUUUCACGCAUGCGGCCAAAUAGAAAUCCUAUGCGACGCGUUGAACGAUUUUUCCUCCAGCAAAUGUAACCAACGCUUGACGUCCUCCACCGCGGGCGAAUUGGUAAACAAGCAUCAAAAGAUCAUUUCCUUCUCCGAGAAGAUUGAGAGAAUUUUCUGUUACAUCGCACUGAUACAAUUCAUGUUAAGUUCGUUGGUAAUGUGCUGCUUGGGAUACAUGUUGGUGACAAAAAUUAGCAAAUCACAGGAAGUUGGAUCGAUCGACAAUAAAGUUCUGAUAAAAGCUGCGAUGUUUUACAUGGCCGCCAUGGUCGAGGCAUUUAUGUUCUGCUUUUGUGGAGAAUACCUCACCACUAAGAGUAAAAUGAUCAGCCACGCGUCCUACAACUCAGUCUGGUACGAUUUGAAGCCCGAACAGAGCAAAGUCAUCUUGCUUAUUAUGUUGAGGUCACAAAAGUGUCUUACCAUCACGGCCGGGAAAAUAAUGGAUCUGUCUUUGGAAAAAUUUACGAGCAUCAUGAAGGCCUCCGUUUCAUAUAUAUCAGUAUUGCAUGCGAUGUCUUAAAGUUUGGAA